CCGGUCUGCGCUACUCUUUCCUUUGAACCAUCCAUCCACUACAGACAAAAUGGCGCCCUCAGCUACCGGUGGCAAGAAGCAGAAGAAGAAGUGGUCCAAGGGCAAGGUUAAGGACAAGGCCCAGCACGCCGUUGUCCUCGACAAGGCUGUUGCUGAGAAGCUCAACAAGGAUGUCCAGACCUACCGCCUGAUCACCGUCGCCACCCUCGUCGAUCGUCUCAAGAUCAACGGCAGCCUUGCCCGCCAGGCUCUCGCUGACCUCGAGGAGCGCGGCCAGAUCAAGAAGAUUGUCGGCCACAACAGCCUGAACAUCUACACCCGUGCCGUCACCGCCGAGUAAACGUUUCGUUUAUCGUCAUUUCUCGCGGUUCUUUUAUUUCCUUUGCUACGAAUGAUAUCAUAAGGGAAGCUUCGGCUGGGCGUGGUGUAUGGAUCCGACGCCCGAGACACUCGGAAGUGGAACAGUUUGGCCUGAUGGACUAGUGUCUAGCAGUACGAAUGAAAUAAAAAAGUUACAAAACUUCCAUAUUGUUUCCGAAUUGACCAAACCCCGC